AUGGCGGACGACGCUCCGGCAGCGGAACCUGCCUCCAUCACGUUCAGCGUUAAGGCAUCAAACGACGCCAAGUAUACCUUCACAUUGCCAGAUUCGACGAGUGUCGCCGAUUUGAAAGAGAAGCUGUCCAGCUCUGAGUACGCAGAAACGCCUGCCGAUCGCCAACGAUUGAUUUACUCUGGUCGGGUGCUUAAAGAUAACGAGACUCUGUCAUCCUACAAGAUCAAAGAUGGGCACACCAUUCAUCUAGUCAAGAGUGCGGCUAGCAAUCAACGACAGAACCCACCUCCCCAAUCUUCCAGCAGUGGUGCUGGCACGGCGCCUUCAUCUAUACCUGGAGUACCUACAAAUAUUGCCGCAGGAACUGGAAACAACCCUUUAGCUGGCCUGACUGGAGCACGGUACGCAGGCUUUGCCCAGCUCCCGGGGGCUGGAAUGUUUGGACCAGACGGCGGAAUGGGACCUCCUCCCGACCCCGACCAGAUGCUCAGUAUGCUUGAGAACCCUCAAGUACAAGCCACGAUGAACGAGGCGCUCCAGAACCCCGCCCUUAUUGACUUGAUGAUACAACAAAACCCAAUGUUGCGAGAGAUGGGCCCUGGCGUGCGACAGAUGAUGCAAAGUCCUGAAUUUCGACGAAUGCUGACCGACCCGGCGGCGAUCCGUCAAAUGGCGCAGAUGCAACGAGCAUUUGGCGGUAUGGGCUUUGGAGGAGCUGGUAACACCGCGUUCCCCGCCCCUGGAGUCACGAACGCCACCCUUGAGGAAAACCGUAACCAACAGCAGCAGGGUGCUGACCAAGCUCCUGGUGCAAAUCCGCCUGUCAACCCGUUCGGCGCUGGUGCGAAUCCUUUUGCCGGUCUUUUUGGGAUGCCCCCUCUUCAACCGCCGUCAACGACCGGACAGCAGAAUAUCACCACCACCGAGUCGAACACGACUGGUACGCAAGCUGCGACUGAUUCUUCGGCGCAGAAUCAACAAGUUCAGAAUCCUUUUGCUGCUCUUUUUAACCCUGCGAUGUUCGGAAUGCCACCAGGCCAGAAUACGGCAGGUGGUGCAUCACAGGCGCCAAAUUACAACAACCUUUUCAACCCUCAGAACAACCCAUUCAUGCGCGAUCCUGCUUUGCUACAAAACGUAAUGCAAGCCAUGGGCGGAGGCAACGCAGGCGCUGGUGCGGAGAACCCUUGGGCAUCUCUUUUCGGUGCUCCUCCAGCCGCAGCCCAGCCUGAUAACCGUCCUCCCGAGGAACGAUAUGCAGAACAAUUGCGCCAAUUAAAUGACAUGGGGUUCUACGACUUUGACCGCAACAUCACUGCUCUACGGAGAAGUGGCGGGAGUGUGCAAGGCGCUGUUGAUUUUCUGCUGAACAGUUAG